AUGUGUAGCGAAGGAGCACAGGCAUUAGUGUGUAUUCACAAUCAUGAAUUCAGUGGUGUACGGAUGGAGAAAUUUACCAACAUGAUUUUAUAUAUUGUGGUUUUAUUGACUUUCAUAUUUAAUGGAGAAACAUUGGCCUCAGAAUGUUGCAGUAAUGCGACCGAUGAAGCGUGCAGGGAUGCCUGUGCUACGCUGAUUAAUCCUGACUCUGAACGCAACAAGAAUGAGUUAGGGCAAUUGAAGAAUCUGGUCCUUGUGAGUGAAUUUUGUCUACCACAACAGACUGCCUUUUGGAAAUGUAUAAACAUGACGGUUCCAGUGGUGAAGUCGAUGAUGGCAUGGUCAGCACAGCCAUGCUGUGAGAAAGCUGUCAAUAGGUAUUGCCAGGAAGCCUGCUAUCAGGCGACCAGCGUCAGAGAACUUGUGAGGAAUUGUAGCCAGAGUACAGAAACAAAGUUAUAUAAAUGUAUAGAAAAACAUGGAGAUGCUGAACAAUGCUGCAGACCAGCCAGAAGCUACAACUGUCACUUAAUAUGUAGAGGUACACACAUGGUAUCUGGUUUGGGCAGACAGAAACAGAGAUACAUUAUCCGGAGACAGUGUCAUGGUGUCAACCAGCCCAUUAUGCAGUGUGUUCAAAAUCGUCACCGUCCAGUACGGGAAAGCGAUCCAGACUUAAGCUUGCCAUGUUGCUAUGAAGCCCCAGCAGAUUCUGAAUGCAGGAACACAUGUAUUAAGGGAAUACAGUUACGGUAUCCAGAGAACAUGUUCAUGGAACAGCUAGUGAAAAAGUGUGGUGUUCCAAAAAUACAUAGUGAUCCGUUGUGGGCAUGCUUCUUGCUUAACACCAACAUUGAGGGGGACAUAGAUAUGGAGAGAAACAUUAUAGAUGGUGCCAGGCUUCAAUGCUGUACUAAAGCUAACACCCUUGCCUGUCGGAAUCUUUGUUCAAGGACAUUCAGCACAGAUUGGGCAAACACCUGGGAUGAUUUUAACACUAAAUGCCAAAGUCUAGCAGCUCCUGUAUUGGACGUCAUAAUGGAAGGUCCCAUGCUGUCUUGUAUGGCAGAAGUGGAAGAACCUUGCCAGCUUGGGUGUGACGGUCUCAGUUUUUGCUCCAACUUCAACAAUAGACCAACAGAGCUGUUUCGGAGUUGUAAUGCUCAGACAGAUAUAGCUGCCAGGGAGAGUUUAACCAGCUGGCAGAAUGGCACCAUUAGGCUUCCUCAGAUGUCCAUUCCUGUCAAAGAUAUUCGGGAGUGUGAACCAGAGAUGUGGAAGGCUCUUGUUUGUGCCCUGCAGAUUAAGCCAUGCAAUAGAAGAGCCACUCCAUUGCCCCUAUGCAGGGAAGACUGUUUCCACAUCCUGAACCAGUGUGUAGAUCACAGUCGUAUGAAGCCAGGCCACACCUUGCAGCUUUUGUGUAACACUUUGUCCCCUGGAGAUUCUAAACAUGGUGCUUGUAUCUCCGUCAAGAAGUAUCUGACUGAGAGUCCUCAUAAACACUAUGGACAUCUUAUCACCAGUCCAUGUAACCCUAACCCUUGUAAUGACAACCAGGUUUGCUGGAUCAACCGACGUAAAUGUAGGCACCCUGAGGUCUGUCUGCCCUAUGUCUGCCAUAGUGCUUGUGGAAUGGGAGCAGUUACCAACAUGUAUGUUCCUAAGAACACUUAUGUCCGGAUUCCUGAUGCAGAGAAGGAUUUCCAUAGUGAUGGACAGUGUAUGCACUAUCGUAUGUGUCAAUGUAGACACCAUAACAACCUGGAUAAUUGUAAACGUCUACCCUGUAUCAAGAGGGAUUCUUGUAGCACCAGUAAAGGUACCAAAAAGCAUGGGGAACACUUCAAAAUUGACUGUAAUCACUGCAUCUGUAACUCUGGUCAGCUCCUGUGUACCCAGCAUCGCUGUCCCCUAGAGCCAGGCUCUGAAGGAUUGACAGGGUUACCAUGUGACUGUACUCCAAGCUUUGCUCCACAGUGUGGAAUUAAUGGAAAGACUUAUCCGAACAGAUGCAUGGCUCAGAAGUGUGCAAAACUACGAAGUCAUGAACUCAUUCCAGGGACUUGCUCGACUGUUGACCCUUGUGCAGACAAUCCUUGUGGGGAUGAAUACAGGUGUAUGUCAAAACGAAGUGUGUGUUUAAGCAAUGCCAUGGAUAACACCUGUUACCAGUAUGAAUGUGUGGCAGUAAUGGGCAUUGAUCAGUGUGAACGCCAUGAUCAUGAACCUGUGUGUGAUACAGAUAAUGAUGAAUACACUAACAUUUGUCUCCUCCUGGCCAAGAAAAAGAGGCUUGCUUAUAGGGGACACUGUCAGAAAUACUGUUCUGACAACGGUGUGGUGUGUGGCCAUAACGGGGAGUCUUACAACAGUGAAUGUGCAGCCCUGGCUGACCGUACCACUGUAGAUUAUUUGGGACAGUGUAGGGCUGUUGGCAUGUACUCAGGGAAUUUGACCACAACUAAUAAUUGUGCAAAUGUGGUCUGUCGUGCCGUGAAGCCAAAGCAGUGCCGUCCCAUUACUCCACCUGGGGGCUGCUGUCCAGUCUGUGCUGCGGAGAUCCGCAUUGUGUACAGUGAGGAACUUCUGAAUGUGGCAGCAUCUGCCAUGAACAGUGCUGUGAUAACAUUGGCAGACAUCUUGCUAAUUCUGUCGCGUCAAUUGUCAGUGGUUCAGUGUGACUUAUAUGGCUACCUUAGUGUAGAAAAUGACAUUGUUAUCCUGGUGGCUCCCGUCUCAGCACAACCAUCCAUGCUGCUGGUUCGUGCAUGUUCAAAGGAGGCGGAAAGAUUAGGCUACCUAAUACAAUCUGACAGUCCAUUAAUGAAGUCAUAUCUGACAUUGAGUCCGUUGCUUGUAGCCUCCAUACAUACCCCAGGGGUAGCUAGUCUUCAGUCAACAGCUACCCCUCUAUCUACACCUUCUCUAGUAGUGAACACAGGACUUUUACUUUAUACACUAUAUACAUGGCUGCACUCGGUAUAACAUCGGACCAGUUAUAAUCAGAAUCUCAGAGACUCUUUCGAUUGGAUCAUUAGAUGUAUCACAUGGUCCAAGAUAAUCAUCGUGCAUUCGUUUGACGUCUGCUCAAAGAAUGCAUAUACUGCUGUGGUAAAGUGCGCACCAGCAAAAUGAUUCGUCAUCGCACCAAUCAACUUGAUUUGACCUCACCCAAGGUCAGUGUGCGUUGUGGGAGCUGUCCAUGGCUUUUAGCCAUACAAAGAAAUCUGUGAUUUACCCGAAGCAUCAAAACAUGUGUUUCUACAGCAGACAAGCUACCACAUAAUCUGAUAUGGAGAUGGUACCAUGUGUGAUGUCCAGAUGGUAGAUGUUCACUGUGAUAAGAUGAUUAAAGAGCCUGCUGACAGCUGUCAGGGACUUCUUCAGGUUUGAGUAAAGAAAAUACUCAAAAGUCAGAAACAACAAGAAUGGAAAAUAUCAAAUUUAGCACAAUUAGAUGUUUGCAAUAUUAUGUAUGAAGAAAUUGUAUACAAGAAUUUAAAACCAUUCUUUAAUAUCUUUAAUUUACAUCAAUCAUUGUCUUGAGGAUAUACUAUGGCUUAUUCGCAGAGAUUUUCAGAAACAUCACUGACUUAUGUAUACCAAAAUGGUCUGUGAAAAAAUGGCAUAUGUAUGUAUUCAAAACAGAUAUUUCAGAUAAAAUUUAAUCCAGACAUCCGAUAAAUACUACAGUAGUAGUUUAGAGUGUGUGAAAUUAUUUUAUCUGAAAAAAUCAAAAAGGAUUCAAGCUAUUCAAUAUGUUCACUUGGUUUAACAAACAUAUAGAUUAGAAAUAACUUGAAAUAAGUACUGCUUUUUACCUAUAGUGAGUCAGUAGUUAGAAAACACAUGCAAUCAAUUCAUGCUUUUAAAGUUUUCAUGUUGAGAAUGUGACCAUAAUUUACUUGUUUUGAUGAACUGACAAGCGUAUGCCCUGGCACAAAUUGGUUUUGAAAUAUGGAAAUUUCAUUUAUAAUGGUAUAGUGUUAUCUUGUCUGUAUGUCCGUCCAUCCAUCCAAUAGUAGCUUCUCUAACAUCCUGAUGAGAGAGAAUUUUAGUGGAACUUUGUGUACUAGAGGCACUUUAAGAAUUCCAAAUCACAUUUUGAAAAUAUUUUCCAAUUUUAAAUUCUUAUUUGAAUACGUAAAAAUAUGGACCUGAAAAGACUUUAACAGCAUUUGAAUUCUAUUUUGUGUAAAGAUGUGUAUGAUGCAAAUUAUCUUUUAAUCUAUAGAACAAUUAUGUUGAGUCAUUUUGAAUUUGCUCUUUCCAAAUUCCACCAUAAAUUCCACAAAUACCGAAUAUUCCCAACUCCUUAAAACAGAAUGCUUCAUUGAAAGUUUUCAGGUUCCACACACUUAACGAUUCAAAAAACAAUAUUUAGAAUUUUGAAAAAAGUCCAAGGUCACACGGCAGUUGAAAUUAAAACGAUUGUUAUUCAUGUAUAAUUUUUUAGUAUAAAUUGAGAAUUAUCACCUAUGAACCUUAGAAGAUAUUUUAAAUGGCUGAAGAUUAUCGGUUAAAACUCUUUUACUGUUGAAAAAAGGAUUGAGCAUAAUCAUAAACAUUAGAUGAAUGAGAAAGAAUUUGUAUGUGAGGCUGAUAUUAUUCAUAUAACAUUUAUCAAGCAUAGAUUGUGUGAUUGUACAUCAUAAUGACCUCAUUUUUCGUUUAAGUGCAUAUGCUACCUAAAUUGUAAUUGUUUACCUUCACAAAAGAGUUCUACCCAUCUACCUGAAGGAUCAUGUUCAUUAAGAGAGUCUUUAAUAAACAAAGACAUAAAGUUGUCAAUGGUGAUCCAACACAAGGUAAAUGCCAAUAAAAUAUAUCCUAUGGGAGAUAACUCUUAACACAAAUCACAGGUAUAAGGUAGCAUAUACCUUAAGCUUAUAUUCAUUCAAUAUUGUUCAUGUUUAAUUUUGUAUUGUUAAGCAGUUGUGUAUCUUAAUGACAUUUCCUUAAUGUAGUAAAUUUACAUUUAGCAUUAUUUACAUAUGAGCAUUAGGUCUGUGUUCUCUUGACCUACUGGGAGCUGAAUAAUUACCUUUAUGAUGACUUGUGCUUAAUCUAUCUGCCAAAAUUUUAGACAGAAUUUUUCGUUUUUUAAUUUGUGUACUUAUUCAAGAAUAAAUGGGAUUUUUGAGUUCUUAUUUUCAUCAAAGAUAGUGGAUAUGACACUUGUGACUUUUGUACAAAUUCUUGGAAGAAUUUGAAUUUUUUUGUAUCAAAUGUUGUUAUGUAAGUUGUCUGGACAGCAUUAAUUCCCAAAUGAAUAAAUAUACAACUGCAUUACAGUAUGAUAUUUUUGUCAUAAUGAAUAAAUUUCAUGAAGGUCAUUUAAAAAAAAAAAUCAAAUAUUCAAUAUUUUGGUUCAAGCACAUUUAUCAUAAACAUUAAUUUGGGGUUGUUGUUUUAUCAACAAAUGUCAGGAAACAAAAUGCAAAGCAAACAAGAACUCAAAAUUUCAGAUAUUUUAGUUUUAUCAAAAACUGUUCAAUGAAAAUUUCAAAUGUUUUAACCCUCUGUUUGUAGGCUCGGCACAGACUUUUUGUUGAAUUAUUUGUUGUUGUUUUUACAAUAAUAAAUUUUUACUGGAAUGAUUAUUACCAAAGACUGACAGUGAACAGCAUUAAAAAAUGGUAUUCUGUAUUAAAAAAAAUUUACUGAUCAAAUUUUUUUGUUAAGCCAAAGGGAAAUUUCUCUUGAAGAGGCAUUAAAUAUGGUAUUGUGGUAUUGAAAUUGAGACUUUUUGAUCGAAAUGGAAAUACUUUGAAAUAGACUUUUUAAAAAGUUUCAAUUUUGUAUUCAUUUUGAUACAAUGAGUGCUGUCAUUUUCAAAAGGAAUUAGAUGGACAUUUCAUGUUGUAUUUUUGAAUUGGAAAGAAAUUUGCUUUUUGCCAAAUUAUACACCUUUUGUACAUUUUACAUGUGUGAAAUGUUGGUCAGCAUUAUAACCCAUUAUUCAGCAUGUUUCGUUAUCUUUAUCCAUGCAUACAGUGUACAGGCAUAUCUAUAUGAAAUGUAUAAUAGAAACAAAGUUGGUGGUAAUGUCAUCAUUAGAAUCCAGUUAUAAUGCAGUACCUGUUUUUGUACAUUUGAAAAAUUUUUUUUUU